CUCAUGGAUGGUGCUGGCUGUGGCUACAAUAGGAAAGCAUCUGUAUUCUUUGAACGUGAACACCUACCUCUUCAUGAUGCAAGCUCAAGGCAUUCUGAUCCGGGACAACAUGAGGACAAUAGGAGCUCAGGUUUAUGAGCAGGUAGUUCGGAGCGCUUAUGCCAAGAGGAAUAGCAGCGUGAAUGACUCAGAUUAUCCUCUUGACUUGAACCACAGCGAAACCUUUCUACAAACCACAACUUUUCUUCCUGAAGACUUCACCUACUUUGCAAACCACACCUGCCCCGAAAGGCUCCCUUCCAUGAAGGGCCCAAUAGACAUAAACAUGAGUGAAAUCGGAAUGGAUGCCAUUCAUGAACUCUUCUCCAAAGACCCAGCCAUCAAGCUUGGAGGUCACUGGACGCCUCGCGAUUGCGUGCCGCGGUGGAAGGUGGCGAUCCUGGUCCCCUUCCGGAACCGCCAUGAGCACCUCCCAGUCCUGCUCAGACACCUGAUCCCUAUGCUUCAGCGCCAGCGCCUGCAGUUUGCGUUUUAUGUGGUCGAGCAAGUUGGCACCCAGCCCUUUAAUCGAGCCAUGCUUUUCAAUGUCGGUUUUCAAGAAGCAAUGAAGGACUUAGACUGGGACUGUCUGAUUUUUCAUGAUGUGGAUCAUAUACCAGAAAGCGAUCGUAACUAUUAUGGAUGUGGACAGAUGCCAAGGCACUUUGCAACUAAAUUGGAUAAGUAUAUGUAUCUGCUUCCUUACACUGAGUUCUUUGGUGGCGUGAGCGGCUUAACAGUGGAACAGUUUCGGAAAAUCAACGGCUUCCCUAAUGCUUUCUGGGGUUGGGGUGGAGAAGACGACGACCUGUGGAACAGAGUGCAGAAUGCAGGCUAUUCUGUGAGCCGGCCGGAAGGUGACACUGGGAAGUACAAGUCCAUUCCUCAUCACCAUCGAGGAGAAGUCCAAUUUCUCGGAAGGUAUGCUCUGCUGAGGAAGUCCAAAGAGCGGCAAGGGCUGGACGGCCUCAACAACUUGAACUACUUUGCAAACAUCACAUACGACGCCUUGUAUAAAAACAUUACUGUCAACUUGACACCCGAGCUGGCUCAGGUGACCGAGUACUGAGAUGAGGAGAGAAUAUAUGUUUGCUUUACCCACCUCCACCAAGAAAGCAGCCUGAUGAGAUGUCUUGGGGCUCCACACCAGAAGAGAACUAGAAAUACAGCAUCUAAUGAAGGAUCACAGGGUUCCAGGAAAAAAAUGUGAACCGAGUACACGCACAAAACACCUGUUGGACCCACUGGGCUUGAGGGAGUAAGCUCGGGACCCUCUCUGAUCAGGACUUGCUUUCUGUUUUCACAAGACCGACGUCUGGCCUGCUGCUCUUCUCCCCGCCUCCUACCCCAACGUCCCCAGAGCCAGAGCUGGGACCCACCAUGGCCCCGCCCCAGAGUCCUCGCCUACGAAUGGCCUUUGGAGCUUCUUGGGCUUCAGGGCAAGAGGCAAACCCCCACCGCAGGGCAACUGUGGUGCAGGAAGAGCAGACUAAACGCCACUCGCCAUUCUUCAUCUCUGGUGUUCUCUUCCGUUUCUUUUUUUUUUUUUUUUAAACCUGCUUUGGGUGGGGAUUGAGGGUGGAGGGGAGGGAUUGGGGAAGAUAAAUAGAACAUGUAACAAUCACUUCUUGAAGAAGUAUAAUUGUAAAUAAGCCAUGUAAAAUGCCUUUUUAAAAAUUUAAUUUUAUAUAGCUGGCUUCAAUUCAAACUGAGGAUUUAUAUAUUAGAUCACUUAUUUGGUUGGCAAAUGUAGAAACUGUUCAAAUGCAGUGGAAGAAUAUAUCUCCUAAAUUGCUGUCACUUUGGAAGGGAGUGGAGUUAGGGCAUGUCACAAAAGAACAAGAGUCCAGUCUUGGUCACUGGUAGCUGACUUCUGCCCCCGCCCACCCCCUUCUUCCAAAGUGCUGCUCUGGACUUCUGCUCAGAAUUUUAUGUUCCCCGUCGGGCAGUACGAACUCUUCCCAACCUUCUGCUGAGCGGGAGCUGCUGUUUUACAGCAGGCUGCUCUCCCUGCUCAAAGCAAACCCUUCAGGGGAGGGCUCGCCCCUGCGUCCCUGGACUUUUUGUCCUUUCAUCAUAAAGAGAGGGGGCCGGCCGAGUGGCUCAGCUGGUUAAGAGCUCGCUCGAGAGAGUGCGAGCUCUGAGCAGCAGGGUCGCCGG